CAAAUGAAUGCGCAGAAGGCUUGAUGUGCAAAAAGUACAAAAUUGAAAUCACGACAUAAUUAAUUUAAAAUAAAAAUUUUAACCGAACACAUUAUAAUCUAAAAAUCCACGUUUAAGAUGAGUGAUAAAAAUCACGAAAAAAAGCAAGUCCGAGUUUGGUGCGAUGGAUGUUACGAUAUGGUUCAUUUCGGUCACGCAAAUUCUUUACGUCAAGCGAAAGCCCUUGGAGAUGUUUUAAUUGUUGGAGUGCAUACAGAUGAAGAAAUAUCAAAACACAAAGGGCCCCCUGUUUUUACACAAGAAGAGCGUUACAAGAUGGUUAAAGCUAUUAAAUGGGUAGAUCAAGUUGUAGAAGGUGCUCCUUAUGUGACUACUUUGGAGACACUGGACAAGUAUCAAUGUGAUUUUUGUGUACACGGAGAUGACAUAACGGUUACUGCUGAUGGGAUUGACACAUAUCAUUUAGUGAAAAAAGCUGGCAGAUACAAGGAAGUACAGAGGACAGCUGGUGUAUCUACAACGGACUUAGUUGGGAGAAUGUUAUUACUCACUAGAGAACAUUUUAAGAGAGGUGAGAAAGAAUAUUCAGUAGCUUUAGAGCAUUCAUCGAAUCUUGGAACAGAUUCAACAGCCAGAUCCCCUUACACAGGCUGCUCCCAGUUCCUGCCUACAACACAGAAGAUCAUACAAUUCAGUAGUGGACUCUCCCCUAAACCUACCGACAAGGUCGUAUAUGUUGCCGGUGCCUACGAUCUCUUCCACGUGGGUCAUUUGGAUUUUCUGGAGGCAGCUCAUAAACAAGGAGAUUUCCUCAUCGUUGGUCUGCACACAGACUUAGAAGUAAAUCGCUACAAGGGAUCCAACUACCCAAUCAUGAACUUGCACGAAAGGGUAUUAUCGGUGUUGGCUUGCAAAUACGUGCAUGAAGUUGUGAUCGGUGCUCCGUACAGCGUGACCGCGGAACUGAUGGACCAUUUCCGAGUGAAGGUCGUCUGUCAUGGUCUCACGCCCAUCGCACCGGACGCGGACGGCGCAGACCCCUACAAGGUGCCUAAACAACGGGCCUGCUUCAAGAUCCUGAACUCGGGGAAUACGAUGACGACAGAAGACAUUGUCCAACGGAUAAUACGUCAUCGACUUGAAUUCGAAGUGAGAAAUUCUCGUAAAGAAAAGAAAGAGCUUGCCAUGAUGAAAGGAUUCAAGAAUAACCACAAAACUGCGGAAAAAUCACAGAAUGGAGACUGCGCCAUCGAAAAUUCCAGUUAAAAAAUAACAGAUCUUGAAAUUCACUUAUUCUUGUGUAAGUUAUGUUUUAAAUUCAACUGUAAUAAAUGGAUCAGCAUUAGUUUUUAUUAAAAAUAUUUUUCAAUCAAAUUACGUUACGGGACUUUACGGUUAAACGGUUGGUUCGGUGGUUGAAAUCACAGUUAUAAAUGGUUUAAAUUAGUUAAAUAUUAAUGUGCCAUAAUUACGUGGUCCAAUAAUUUUUUCUAUAUAAUAUAUUUCAUUAUAAGUUGUAUUGGUUUUAAAAACAAUCUCGGUAAAUGUUUAAACUUUAUAAACACUCCGCCUGUGUAUAAAAUGAAAACUGCUGUGGAUGUAUCUGAAAAUAUUUUGUAAAGACAUAAAGUGUAGAAAUUAUUUGUAUCUAUAUCUUACUUUUUCAUCGCAUGAUCGUUUCAGUCAUAGCUUAUUCUAUAUUAUAAAUCAAAAUGUUCUCAAACUUGUAAUUGAAUAUUUAGUUCAGUUUAUUUAUUUGCUGAUAAUGAUAAUAGCAUUGCCUGUGUUAGGAAUUCGACUAAUUUGUAACGAAAAAACAUGUGUGUUUUAAUUUUAUUCGCCCAAACAGUUAUUAUUAUACAACAGUUUUUGGGGCAUAUUUAUAGCACCUUUUGCUUAAAUAUUAAUUCUUCUCUCGUUAUACAGGGUGAUUUUUUAUGAUUCCCAAGAUUAUUAAGGUGAUUGGAUUUUCUACGAUUGAUGUGGAGCACUAGUGCUAGUCACGAUUAAAGGAUUUCUUUAAUAACUUUAUCAUAACUUUAUAAAUAACUUUAUAGGCAUCUUCUAUAACUUUAUAAAACAGUUAUGAAAAAUAACAUUGAAUCACAUUUAAAUUCAUCCAUUGUACCCUACUUGGACUUUAUAAUUUGACGGCUAUGUUUUCCUAAAUAGAGUUUGAACCUCUGUAGAUGUACGAAUAUGGAGAUGGCAUUUAUAAAGUAUAGACAGUAAAUGCCAAAACAAUAUGUAGCCAACAUAAUUCUGAAAUGUCAAAUAAAUUCUUAUUGAAUCUUGUUAAAGGCCAAACUUAAACAUUGGGGCAAGGGCGUCUCCCUUGUCACGAAAUGAAUAGAGUAUAUACCCCAAUUGUUUUAAAAUUUUGAAUAGGAAAAGACAAUGAUCCAUGAAAGUUUAUUGUCAGUCAUCUAUGCACUUAGGAAAAAUUGCCUAAAAAGAUUAAUUUACCAUU